AAGAGGGAGGGGAAGGAGGAGAGGAGGGAGCCACAGAGGGCGGAGGCCAGGGAGCUCAGCCAGAGAGGGGCUGCUGGAGGUUGCAUCUGCUGGAAGGAGGCUUUUCUGCUGCCUGGUAACCAGCUGCCAGAACACUGAGAGGGAGAGAAGAGAGAGAGGCUGGGAGCAGGGGCAGCGGCUUCUUGACGUCAGGACCAGCCAAGGGGAUCGGGCCAGCUAUACAACCAGCCCAGAGCCAGCUGGGCCCUUGGCUGGAGAGGAGCCCCACACGAGGCGCGGAGCGUGAGUUGGGGGUGUGGGAACCGGUUGUUUGGGGCGCAGCAUGCCCUCUGCCCCCGGGCCAUGGAAAUCUCCCUGGUACCCCUGGAGAACGGCAGUGCCAUGACCCUCAGAGGAGGAGGGGAGGCAGGGGCAAACUGCGCGCAGACCCCCAGGGGAGAGUGCGGGUGCCCUCCGAGGGCUGGCCUCAGUAACCAGUCUAAAGAAACCUCACCGAGGAGGCGCCCCGCUCAGGAGGGUGCGGACGAGGGUGAGCGGCCUUUGCCCCAGCUGCCCCAACCUAGAAGGCCAUCUGCUGAGGACGAGGAGGGAGAAGGCGACCCUGGCCUAGGCUCAGUGGAAGAGGACCAGGCUCCUCAGGACACAGGGUCGCUCCACCACCAGCGCGUCCUCAUAAACAUCUCGGGGCUGCGCUUCGAGACCCAGCUGGGCACCCUGGCGCAGUUUCCCAACACGCUCCUGGGGGACCCGGCGAAGCGCCUGCGCUACUUCGACCCCCUGAGGAACGAAUACUUCUUCGACCGCAACCGGCCCAGCUUCGACGGCAUCCUCUAUUACUACCAGUCCGGGGGCCGCCUGCGCAGGCCGGUCAACGUCUCCCUGGAUGUGUUCGCAGAUGAGAUCCGCUUCUACCAGCUGGGGGACGAGGCCAUGGAGCGCUUCCGGGAGGAUGAGGGCUUCAUCAAGGAAGAGGAGAAGCCCCUGCCCCGCAACGAGUUCCAGCGUCAGGUGUGGCUUAUCUUCGAAUACCCAGAAAGCUCGGGCUCCGCCAGAGCCAUCGCCAUCGUGUCGGUCUUGGUUAUUCUCAUCUCUAUCAUCACUUUCUGCUUGGAGACUCUGCCUGAGUUCCGGGAUGAACGGGAGCUGCUCCGCCAUCCCCCAGUGCCGCCCCAGCCCCCCGCCCCCGCCCCGGGGGCCAAUGGCAGCGGGUCCGGUGGCACUUCUUCUGGCCCCACAGUGGCGCCACUCCUGCCUAGGACCCUGGCCGACCCUUUCUUCAUCGUGGAGACCACCUGCGUGAUCUGGUUCACUUUUGAGUUGCUCGUGCGCUUCUUCGCCUGCCCCAGCAAGGCAGAGUUCUCUCGGAAUAUCAUGAACAUCAUUGAUAUCGUGGCCAUCUUCCCUUACUUCAUCACCCUGGGCACCGAGCUGGCAGAGCAACAACCAGGGGGCGGUGGCCAGAAUGGGCAGCAGGCCAUGUCCCUCGCCAUCCUCAGGGUGAUCCGACUGGUCCGGGUGUUCCGAAUCUUCAAGCUCUCCCGCCACUCCAAGGGGCUGCAGAUCCUGGGUAAGACCUUGCAGGCGUCCAUGCGAGAGCUGGGGCUGCUCAUCUUCUUCCUCUUCCUCGGAGUCAUCCUCUUCUCCAGCGCCGUCUACUUCGCAGAGGCGGACAACCAGGGGUCCCACUUCUCCAGUAUCCCAGAUGCCUUCUGGUGGGCAGUCGUCACCAUGACCACUGUAGGCUAUGGGGACAUGAGGCCCAUCACUGUGGGAGGCAAGAUUGUGGGCUCACUGUGCGCCAUCGCUGGGGUCCUCACCAUCGCCCUGCCUGUACCCGUCAUUGUCUCUAAUUUUAAUUACUUCUAUCAUCGGGAGACAGACCAUGAGGAGCAGGCUGCCCUGAAGGAAGAGCCAGGCAACCAGAGGCGCGAGUCUGGGCUAGACAUAGGGAGUCAGCGGAAGGUCAGCUGCAGCAAAGCCUCCUUCUCCAAGACUGGGGGUUCCCUGGAGAAUUCUGACAGUAUCAGGAGGGGUAGCUGCCCCCUAGAAAAGUGUCAGCUCAAGGCCAAGAGCAACGUGGACUUGCGGAGGUCCCUGUAUGCCCUCUGUCUGGACACUAGCCGAGAAACAGAUUUGUAAAGAGAAAUUCAUGGAGACGGGUGACAGUGGAGCUGGGAACAGGGGUGGCCCCCUUGAGCCUGGGUAUCUGCUUUAUACCACAGAGUAUUUUAAGCCCACCUGGUCACCAAUGUCCAGAUGCCUGCCUUUCACCUUUUCACCCUUUCCACCCUCCUGCUCUCUCCCUUCCUCAUUUUCCUGUGCUUUCCGUAAUACUAAGGGUCACCUAUUUUUAAAAAGUAUCACAUUCCAUGACGCAGGAGCUGUUGAAAUGUUGAGCGCUGUAAGAUGGAUGUAUUCAUAGCCAGUUUUCUAUACCCAGCACAGGGAUAACUCAAACAAAUAGGACUUUAAAUAGCUCAUAUCCCAGGAGAUUUCAUAGCCCUCCCUAUCCCUGUGCUCCAAAUUUACUUUACAUGUGUUUGGGGCAAAUAUUAUUUUUACAGCUGAUGAGUGCAUUUUGUACAGUGGUGUGCAUAAAGAAUAUUUGGGUGUGUUCUUAAGAUAGACUUUGAAACGUGAAAGAGUUGGGGUCAUCUUUUCCUGGGACCUUCAGGGCCAGAGACCCUGCAAAAGAUGUUCAGGUUCCUGUGUUCCCAAGCCUCUUAUUAUUCUGGGAUGUGCUAUUGGUGCUUUGUGUCUAGGGUAGAGAUUGUUCUAGAAGACCAGCAAAUCUUUUUUUUUUUUUUUUCUUUUCUCUUUUGGUUCCCCUUAAACAUUUCUUGUGACUCUCUUCACAGAAACAUUUAAUGACGUCGGAGGAACACUUUUGCGAAUUCAUUCUUUUUGUUUUGAUCCCAGGAAAUAAAAUGUGACUCCA